AUGAGACGCAAGAUUGAUAUCUCUCGCCCUGAUCCCGGUACCCCAUGGGGAUUCCGGAUCCAAGGUGGUCGAGAUUUUGGGCAACAACUGCGAAUCGCUUCUGUAACACCCGGGGGUUUGGCUGAGCGGAAUGGUAUCCAAGCUGGUGAUCAGGUGGUCACUAUUGGAGGUGAUCCGGCCUCAUCUAUGACUCAUCAACAAGCUCAACAAGCUGUGAUUCGAUGCUGCAAUCAAUUGGAGAUGGAAGUGGUAGCCUCAUCUCAUGUGCCCGAACCGGAACCGGAAAUCAAACCUUAUUCGAGUUGGGUAAGCACAAUUGGAAAUAGUUACUCGAAAGCGACACCAAAAACACAAUCCACCGUGAACAUUAAUCUGCACAAACCCAAUCCAAUUGGUGGUGCAUCCCACGGAACAUUGAAUGAUUGGAAUGAUUUGGAUAACUAUGCUCCUCAACCGUACGGAAGACCCACAUCCAAACAAACCGGCCCGUCAGAAUCAGUCUACGCGCCGGUUCUGUACGAGACUAUUUCAUACAAUAAGCCGACUGUGACCGAGAAGACCAGUACCAAUCCAGUACGUCCAGCUCUGUACAGACCGCAAGCAAACAAGAGUCCAACAACAACAACAACAACCAGUUACCCCAGAUCAUCCAUCCCAACUACAGGAAUGAAAUCGGCCACAAUUCAACCGCAAAACACUCAACGUCACCCCAUCUGUCAUUAUUGUAAAAGUCCCAUUCAGGGACCGUUUGUCGACGCGGUGGACUACUGUUUCUGUCCGGAACACUUUUUCUGUUUCACCUGUCGUGUACCGCUGAAUGACCGAUAUUUUGCCGAAGAGGAUGGAAAAUUUUAUUGUCAUGAUGAUUUUGUGAAACACGUGGCAUCCAGAUGCGCAAAAUGUGGCAGUCCAGUGAUUGGAAAGAUAAUCAAGGCGUUGGAUAAAUCGUGGCAUCCGUAUUGUUUUGUUUGUUGUUAUUGUAAACGUCCACUGGAGGAUAAGUUCCACGUGGAAGAUGCGAAUCAGGUGUUGUGUGAAGAGCACUGGCAACAGUUGCAUUUGACCGAAUGUGCCAAAUGUAAACAACCAAUCUCGGAAAUUGAUCGCUUUAUCGAGGCGAUUGGGAAACAAUUCCACGCUGGUUGUUUCCGUUGUGCGGCCUGUCAAUGUCUGCUCGAGGGUAAACCGUUCCAUUCAAGAGACAACAAACCUUUCUGUCGACCUGUUUACCAAAUAUCCUUUCGUCGCCUGCUCACUACACACAUACCCGCUCAGUUCGAUUCAGUAUGCAGUCCCUCUGUUUACAAAAGACAAAUCCGUGUUAAUUUCGAAUACAUAGUGACAAGUAACUAA